AUGGAAGUAUAUUCCAACGGCUCUGAGGACUGCUUUCCUAUAGAUGAAUUUAUAAUGCAUCACUAUCUCCCAAUUAUGUAUGGGAUCAUCUUUUUUGUUGGACUUGUUGGGAACAUAAUGGCCAUUGUCAUCUAUCUGGUCAAGCUGCGACCUUGGAAGAGCAGCAGCAUCAUCAUGGUGAACCUGGCGGUGGCUGACCUGCUGUAUGCCCUGAGCCUACCUUUCCUGGUCCAGUUCUACUCUACUAUGGACUGGACUCUGGGCGAGUUCAUGUGCCGCUUCAUGCGAUUUUGCUUCCACUUCAAUCUGUACGGUAGCAUUCUCUUCCUCACGUGCCUUAGUGUCUUCCGGUACGUUGUGGUGGUGCACCCACUUAGGGCAGCUCAGGUCCAGAGGAAACACUGCGGUGUCUCUGCUUGCUUGGCAGUCUGGGCUAUUUCACUUGUAGAGAUUGGCCCAAUGUUGAGUAUGAUAACAACCGAGAAAAAAGAUAACACCACUUCUUGUUUGGACUUUGCCAGCAAUGAUCCAGAGACCAUUUGGUGGUAUGGCUGGUUGCUGACCGUGCUGGGCUACUUGCUGCCCUUGGUGGUGGUGUCUUGGUGUUACUGUCACAUUGCAAAUACUCUGGGCAAGAGCCUUUCUGCAAAUAGGCCCAGCCGGAUGAGAACGCACAAGCUGACGGUGAUGAUACUGGUCGUGUUCAUUGCAUGUUUUCUUCCCUAUCACAUCCUGAGGGUAAUAAGGGUGGCCUGUCAGAGGAGCAUCAUGUUUUCCUGCUUGGAGCGGAGAGCCAUCAACGCAGCCUACAUGCUGUCACGACCUUUAGCAGGCCUCAACACCUUCUUCAAUCUGGCGCUCUACACCCUGUCAGGAGACAAGUUCCAGCAGGCUUUCAACAGUCUGGUGUCCAGAAAGAAGAACAGCAGCAGCAGCAAGACGGCCGUGAUCCAGUUGCCCAGCAGCAUUACGAGGACUGACCUACUGAAGACCUGA